AUGAAAGCUAGCUAUGCUAGAGUGUAUGUCACAAGGAGCUUUGAGUUAUUCAUUCUCUCUUUGACGGGCACUGUUGUAAUUUCUGUAACAGGGUUUUCUCCUAGUGCCAUGAUCCAAAACCGAUCUAACAACCUUGAGGUAGCCAAGUUGUUAGUGGCCAAGGACCAACAUCUGCCCAAUAUUGCAGAUAUUGAAGAUGAAUUUCUACCUCUCCACGUAGCUGCUGUACUUGGCCACAAGAAUAUGGUUCAUUACUUAAUGGGCGUCACCAGUUCUCAAGAAGACAACAUUGAAGACCAUGGGCCUGCUUUUGUUGCUUUUUUGAUAAAUAGUGGUCUAUACGACAUUGCUCUGCUAUUCCUUCAGCGCUAUGGUGCAUUAAUUGCAAGGGAAACAAAAAUGCAUGUCUCUCUGUUGCAACUAAUUGCUAUGCAAAAUUCAGCAUUCAAGAGUGGAACAAAAUUCAACUUUUGGCAAACAUUAAUCUACUUUUGUGUUCCUACGAAGUUGGAAGAGUCUACAUACCAUUGUAGUUGUGGAGACGUUGAGAAUCCUACCCAUUGCUGCAUUUCUGGUACAAUGAAGCAAAAGUUGUUGGGUGUAUUUUGGAAAGUUGCUGAAAUGCUAGUGCCACGGAUCAAGCAUGUCCGAGGGAUAAAAUGGAAGCAUGAUCACGCAAUUCAACUUGUCAGACAUCUUUGCAUGGAAUAUGAAAAAUUAGAUUUUUCAGAAGCUAGACAAAGAGUUGGAAGAUCAGUAAUUGCCGCAACAACUUCUGGGAUUCCUGAAGUUAUUGAAGAGAUCGUUUCAACAUUUCCUGAAGCAAUAUAUAGUAAAAACGAAGAGGGACAAAAUUUAUUUCAUAUUGCAAUUCUGAACCGUCAAAGAAAAGCAUUCAAACGUAUUUAUCAACUUUCUGACAAGCCUGUUAUCAAUAAUCUUUUAACAUUGCCAGAUUCAUUGGGUAACACUAAUCUGGAUCUAGUUGCAUAUUUAAAGGAAGAGCAAAGUAGCAAACUCAAAGCUGAUGCAACUGGUGCAGCUCUACAAAUGCAACUUGAAUUGCAAUGGUUUAAGGGAUAA